GUGAAAUCAAUAUCAUGUCCGAGACAACAGAAAAAAUCGAAAGUAAUGGUGAUGCUCGGAGAAGAAUACUUCACAUAGCUGUAUCAACUGUCCUUUUAGAAAGUGGAUUCGAAACAGUAGACAAAAUUAGCCUAGAGACGUUGACGGAGAUGUUGCAAUGCUUUUUUACAGAAGUUGGUAACUCAGCAAAUCGCUACUGUGAACUAUCUGGUAGAGUGGAACCUGUAUUGGCUGAUGUUAUGUUGGCACUUAUCAAUAUGGGAAUAAGUCUUCAAGGCUUAGAGCAAUAUGCAGCUAGGCCAAAUAGACAUGUAAUUCAGCCACCACAACAAGCACCUGUGCCUAGGACACCAGCUAUGUUGUCAGCUGGUUCAAAAGCCAAGCCAUCUCCACACAUACCAUUCCACUUACCAGCAUUUCCUGAUCCGCAUGCUUACAUAAGGACACCUACACAUAAGCAACCUGUGACUGAGUAUGAAGCAAUAAGAGAAAAAGCUGCAAAUCAGAAACGGGAUAUUGAGAAGGCAUUGACAAAAUUUCUUGCAAAAACAAGUGAAACGCACAAUCUCUUUAAUACUGAAGACAACCAAGUUUUUCCAUUGAUUGCAUGUAAGCCAACUUUUCCAGCAUAUUUACCAUGCUUACUACCUACUGACCAAGUCUUUGACUUUGAUGAAUUAGAAUAUCAUUUUCAAGUUGCAAAUAGAACAGAAGAUAUGCCAGCUGAGAAAAAAGACCAAUCAGACAAUGAAGGAGAGAAUGGUGGGGAUGGUGAAAAUGCUAAUAAUUCUCAAUCAGAAAAUCCGGAUUCUACAUUACCAUCUAGCCCAGAUAGAAUUAAAACUAGCGGAUAAAGCAAUUACUUAAGAAAACUUUUUAUUACAACUAUGUAUCAAUUAAUAAAAUGUUGUCCAUAAAUUCAUUCAUUAACUAUCAAACCAUGACUUUGAAGUAUUAAAGUAAAUUAAGUUAAGGAAAAAUGUAAACUACUUUAAUAUCAGAAAAUGAAGUAGAUGUUAUUGAUUCAUCUACACCUAUUCACAUGGGUAAGUUUUGGGAACAGAUAGAAAAUGAGUUUAAGUUGUAAUUUGUUUAAGUUGCACGUAGUUGAAAUCGCAAACCCUAUAGUAGGGUCUGACAUUGAGUGUUUUCACAUUAAAGUUAAAAUUUA